AUGAUAUAUUUUCAUUUUAGUCAUUUUAAAAUACCGAGUAGUUAUAACAACAUUUUAGCCGGUAUUACUACAAAUAGUCCAUUCCAGUCUGUGACUUGGAAUGGAGGUGAGCAAGAAAAUGUUGUUUGGGCCGAUGAUGGAAAAGCUCCUGCAUUAAGUAAAAUUGGACAAGUAACUAUAGAUUUAAUGGCUGGUGGAGAGGAAAACCAAGUUUUAGUUGAUAAUAUUGGUAAAGCUCCUGCAACUGCUAAAACGAUUUCCUACAAAGUACCUGUAACUGUUGGACCUCCCGGUGAUUUCUAUUUCAUUAAAUACACCUCUGGAAGUUACAUCUCUUACUCUGGGACAUUUUCUAUUGAAGGAGUUAAAGGAACUGUCAAUGGAUUUGAUCCAAAAAAUCCAAAUGCUAAGAGUCCAGCCAAUGGUACUACUAUCAAUUCUCUCCCUACUUAUAGUACAUAUCCAAAAAUUGGUCAAGCUAGUCCAACCCAAUCAAAUGCUCCAACUGGGUCUCCAGCAAUUCCCGCAACAAAAAACAAUGAUGCACCAAAGACUAAUCCAAUCGACGCUGACAAAACCGGCGAUGCUAUUAGUUUGAUGCCAAGCUUUGUCGGUAUAGCUACCUCUGCAAUUGCCUUGACUCUUACCUAUUUGUAUUAA